AAAUGACCAAAAUGCCCAAACAGUCAAAUCUAAAAACGCAGAAAGUCUUGUUAAUCUCCAGAAGUUUCUAAACCCCUUAUCCCUGCUUAAAACCCUAACAUCGUUGGAUCAUAUAAACCCCCUUCAUCGCCUAUACACACAUUUAUAUAUUUAUACUUACACUUCCACACCAAUACUAACUCAGCCAUCAUUCAAACAAAAUGCACAAGAUCUCUAAGCGAUCCGUCUCAUCUCUUCUUCGAAACGGCGCCGUGCGACACCGAAGUGCCGCUGCCCCAAUCUCUGCUUUCAAUCUUUCGGCCGGGGAGGUUGAUACGAAACCAAGAUGGUACUCAGUUGUACCAACAUCUGGUAUUUCUGUAUCUUCUAAGCUCAUCAAUAUAAAAAGUGAGUUCCCUCUGGGGAUACGCUAUGAAUCAACUGCGGCAGCUUCUGAAUCAUCAGACCCGCCCUCUGAGAAAUAUGAGUAUCAAGCUGAGGUGAGUCGACUCAUGGAUCUCAUUGUCAACAGCCUGUACAGCAACAAAGAGGUUUUUCUUCGUGAACUUAUCAGCAAUGCAAGUGAUGCACUGGACAAGCUUCGGUUUCUGAGUGUUACAAAUAGUGAGCUGAUAAAAGAUGAAGUUGAUCUUGACAUCCGUAUUCAGGCUGACAAGGAUAAUGGCAUAAUUACAAUCACUGAUUCUGGUAUUGGUAUGACACGUGAAGAACUAGUUGAUUGUUUGGGUACCAUUGCGCAAAGUGGGACAGCGAAGUUUCUUAAAGCACUGAAGGAAAGCAAGGAUGCUGGAGCUGACAGCAACUUAAUUGGUCAAUUUGGUGUUGGAUUUUAUUCAGCCUUUUUAGUGUCUGAUAGGGUUGUUGUAUCUACUAAGAGCCCCAAAUCUGAUAAGCAAUAUGUAUGGGAAGGGGAAGCAAAUUCUAGCUCAUUUACUAUCCGAGAAGAGACUGACCCUGUAAAUCUCCUUCCGCGGGGAACCCGUUUGACACUUCAUCUCAAGCAUGAUGAAAAACCUUUUGCCCAUCCAGAAAGGAUACAGAGGCUAGUGAAAAACUAUUCGCAGUUUGUGUCAUUUCCAAUUUACACCUGGCAGGAAAAGGGAUUUACCAAGGAGGUUGAAGUUGAUGAAGACCCGGCUGAGGUGAAAAAGGAUGAGCAGCAGGAUGUGAAUCCUGAAGAGAAGAAAAAGAAAAAAACCAAGACAGUCGUGGAGAAGUAUUGGGAUUGGGAACUUACGAAUGACACUCAGCCAAUAUGGCUCCGGAACUCAAAAGAAGUUUCUACAGAAGAAUAUAAUGAUUUUUACAAGAACACCUUCAACCAGUACUUGGAGCCUUUGGCUUCUUCGCAUUUUACAACAGAGGGAGAAGUGGAGUUUAGGUCUAUUCUCUAUGUGCCUUCUGUGGCUCCAUAUGAGAAGGAUGACAUCGCCAAUCCUAAAACAAAGAAUAUAAGGCUCUAUGUCAAACGUGUAUUUAUUUCAGAUGACUUUGAUGGAGAACUGUUCCCCCGAUAUUUGAGCUUUGUAAAAGGUGUUGUGGACUCAAAUGAUCUCCCCCUUAAUGUAUCACGUGAAAUUCUCCAAGAGAGUCGUAUAGUCCGUAUAAUGAAACGGCGAUUGGUGCGAAAGACCUUUGAAAUGAUAAGACGCCUGUCUGACAGCGAGAAGCGGGAGGAUUACGAGAAGUUUUGGGAUAACUUUGGAAAACACAUUAAACUGGGGUGUAUUGAGGAUCGUGAUAAUCACAAAUAUCUUGGUCCUUUGUUGCGAUUUUUCUCUUCACAAAGUGAGGAGGAGAUGAUCAGUUUGGAUGAAUACAUUCAAAACAUGAAGCCUGAGCAGAAAAACAUAUAUUACAUUGCUGCAGAAAGUGUGUCAAGUGCAAAAAAUACACCCUUCUUAGAAAAGCUCCGUGAGAAAGAUCUUGAAGUACUGUUCUUAGUUGAUCCCAUUGAUGAAGUUGCCAUCACAAACCUGAAAUCAUAUAGUGAGAAGGAAUUUGUUGAUAUUACCAAAGAAGACCUUGAUCUAGGUGGAGAAAAGGACGAGGUGGAAGAAAAGAAAAUUAAAGAAGAGUUUGGUCAGACCUGUGAUUGGAUAAAGAAGCAGUUAGGUGAUAAAGUAAGCAAGGUUCAGGUCUCUCAGAGGCUAAGUACAUCACCGUGUGUUCUUGUAUCUGGAAAAUUUGGUUGGUCAGCUAACAUGGAGAGGCUGAUGAAGGCACAGGCUGUUGGAAACAGUAGCAGCCUCGAGUUUAUGAGAGGCAGGAGAAUCUUUGAGAUUAAUCCUGAACACCCAAUAAUUAGGACGCUAGAUAAUGCAUAUAGGAAUAGUCCAAAUGAUGAGGAGGCCUUGAGAGCUAUUGAUCUCUUAUAUGAUACAGCACUAGUUUCCUCUGGCUUCACUCCUGAAAAACCAGCCGAACUUGGUGGGAAGAUCUAUGAGAUGAUGGACAUGGCACUUUCUGGCAAGUGGGGAUCUGAUAGGACCAGAAUCAAUGAAUUUCAACAGGAAGCAGCAACAAACCCAGGAACUGCUGAAGCUGAGGUGAUUGAACCUGCCGAAGCUGAGAUAGUUGAACCCGCAGAAGCUGGUUCUCAGAAAUAAAUGUCUGUUUUCUUGGUUUCAGGGGAAGAAAAUUCUAAGAAUUAAUGUAUAAAUGAGGGCGGUAGUUUCAGAGGCAGAUUAUUACUGGAUAAAAUGUUGUCUAUUUUGAGUGGUGUAGUUUUGAGAAUAUUAGCCCAGAUGUUAAAUCUUUGUGACAGACAGGCUUAAUAAUGACAUUUGAACUACUCAGCAAGUCAGCUAAUUUGCAGUUUGUUUCUUA